CAUUUACAAACACUUGUGUCAAUUUUCUGUAAUCAUUUUAUCAAUACUGUCAGCCGUUUGCUUCUUCUGGGAAAGCGAAUGUAUUAUUGUUUAUUUUAUACGUGGUAAAUGCAAAAGCGUUUUUUUAUUACGUGGGUUAGUGCGAUGUGUGUUUGAGUAUCAGCAAAUAUUAUUGAACAUGGCUACCUUAAUUCAAUCAUACGAACAACAAUAUUCGGUCCUUACAGCGGAUGUCACAGCAAAAAUUGGUCGACUUAAAGUCGGAAAUGAAGAGAACCGUGAGCAAUUAUCACGGGAAAUACAAGCAAACUUUGAAGAAGCCAAUGACUUGUUGGAGCAGCUAGAGUUGGAGUACAGAGGCGCGGGCGCAGGAUCUCGUGUUGCGGCCUACCGCGCUGAGCUGCAACGGGUGAAAGAUGAAUACCGCUCAGUGCUUAGUAACUCAGCCACAUACAAUAUAGAAACGGAAGACACUUACGAUGACUGGAAUGUAAAUGAGCAGCGUCAGAAGCUGUUAGACAACACAGAGCGUCUGGAGCGCUCAGGUAAGAACCUGAACGAGGGCUACCGGGUGAUCCUGGAGACGGAGGAGAUCGGCGCCGCGGUGCUGCAGGAUCUCAGCGUGCAGCGGGAGACCAUACAGAGAUCUAGAGGACGGUUGCGUGAAACAGACGAGCAGUUGAACAGAUCAACUCGUUUAAUGAAUUCAAUGAUAGUGCGCGCGCUGCAAGACAGGUUCGCACUGGUCAUGGUCCUCCUGAUCACUGGUGCGCUGCUCUGUGCCGCACUCUACUUCUACGUCACCUAGCGCCUUGUACACGCUGUACAAGUUGUACAAUUGCCGUACUACUUGUACAUCGCGUGCAAGAGAAUACUCUGCCUUGGAUUUCGAUUGUAUAUAUUGAAACAUUUCCUAACAGCUUUCUUAUACUGCAAGUAUAAAUUGUUCAAUGGAUGCUGUAGGAUGUAAGUGUGGACAUUUUGACGUGUGGAAACUAAAGUGACGUUUGUAAAUAAAACUUGUCAGAAUUGUCUAUGAUAUGUGAUCGCAAUGUCAUAUGACUUAGGCGGGAUUGUGGUUAAAGUUUAAUUUUCUUUUCGACUUAUAAGUCAUAAGAAAUAAAUUUCAUUCUUAUAUGUAUUUUAAUGAUAUAUAAUUAUUAAAUAUACUUCUAAUAAUGUGUAAUUUGAAUCUUGAAUAAUAUAACCUUAACAAAAAGCAAGCAAGAUAAAUUGUGUGCACCAGUUUCUAAUAAAAAACACGUGUAGAACUAAAAACUUGAGUAAUCUUGUAUUUUUUUUAGAAAAUAACGCUAUGUAUAUUAAAGUGUUAAUAUUAUAAGGUUAUAAAUAAUAAUUACAUUCCAAGUUUAUAGUACUCUAAAUAUGUUAAUAUUAUAAAAAGGAAGAGUUUGGACGAUGUUUGGUGCCUUUGUGUACACGUCCCUUAUAACUGACGUGGUUAGGAAAUGUGGAAAAUGGCACGUAAUUUCAAUGGUAUUGGGACGAAAAUGUAAGAAUUUUUUAAUCUUUGGAUAUAGAUGACCUAAGUAUAUCCAUAUAAAUUCGCUUACUUAUAAUCAUAGCAAAAUGACCUAAUUUUCCCUAACCCGAGUUUCUCGCUUUCGGAUGUCGUUUGUCGUCACUGGAUAAUAAAUGUAGCUUAUAGAUGUUUCUUCUUUAUCCAGGUUUGACUGUUGUGUGUUGUCUUUUAUUCUCUUUGACAAAAUAGACUCACAAUAUGUAUUAAUAAAAGUGUAAAAACAGAUAAUCGAGACGAAUAUCGCGAUUCAUUUGACUCUCGUUUAUCCAGGUCUGACUGUACUUCGCCUUAUAUGGUAGUGUUAUGACUAUUUAUCAUUAUAUUUAAUAAGUCUGCUUUGAAUUUCUAUAAAAUAUAGGACAAAUAUGAUGUAAUUAUUCUACUAAUAUAAAUAUAGAGUCUAUAAUAAAUUUUCGUACUUUUUCAUCUGUCUGAAUAUAUUAAAAAAUCGUCUUAAGAAGUAGUUUGAAAAUGUGUUUUAAAUGUUAAUAUUGUAGUGUGCUGUUUAUUACUUAGACAUAAGAAAUUAGAAGUUUGACAUAACUAUGUUUCACGUUGUUAUAUUCUGUGUUAACUUUAAAAAAAAAUGGAUACUCCGAUUUUUUUUAAGCAAAAUUGGAUGAUUUUUUAUCUAUGGACCACUUUAUACAUCUGUGUUAGAUGUUUUUUCGAGGUAAAUUGUAAAACUUCGUAGUGAUUUAGCAAUAUAUUGUAAAUGUUAUGUACUUAAUUAAUUGUUAUAUUCAUAAUUUAUAGUAAAUAUGUACAUUUUAAUGUUUUUCCAACCUUUAAAAUUCUCUCGCAUAUAAAGACUUCACGAAAUACGAAUAUGCACCAUGUCUUUAGUAUUUUAAAAUGUCACUUCAUACCGUAGUUCACUAUAUAUGUUUUUUCAAAUAUUAAAUGACGACAUUA